AUGAAAACUCACGCUUGGUUGCAAGCAUCGCCUGCUGUAGAAGUUUCCUCAUUCUAUGGUGUAGACUUGGUUGGUUUGUCUCCUGAUCCUUUACCUGGUUCUGCUGUUGAUGACGAGAAACCAGAAAUAUGUGAUCACAAGCUCGAUAAAAACUUUUGUCUUCACUACUUCCCGCAACGUGAAACUUUCAAAAAUGCUCAGUCGGAGUGCCUUCGUUGGAACCUUUCUCUCGCGACUGUGCUGACAAACAGGCAACAGGAGUUCCUGAUAAACGUUCAGAGAAACUCUGAAAAUCCGAUACGUGAGCUAUGGAUUGGUUUGUAUAUUGGACACGACAAUUUAUUUUGGGCAUCUAAAUAUCCUGCUAUCCCACAGAUAUUCAUUUCUGAACAACCAAAAACGUUUGAAGGAUGUGCUAUGUCUAAUGCAUCUUCUGGAAGUAUUUCGACUUGGAAGUUUAUUCCAUGCGAUACAAAGCUUAGCUUUGUUUGUGCUGCUGUUCCUCAAGUAUUCUACCGACAUCCCUUUGCUGACCAGAAGACCUUCAGCUGUCCUUCUGGUUACAAAUUGUUUGAUAAAAAUUGCUAUAUGCUUAAUGAAGACCCCUCUCAUAGAUUAACAUGGGAAGAAGCUAAUAAACAAUGUAAAACUUCAGAUACUACAUCAUCUCUUGCCACCAUUGCAUCUCCUAUGGAACAAGAUGCCUUGUCGGUGCUCAUCGCUCGUUCUCCUUAUCCAGUAUGGAUCGGCAUGUUUCUCCAUCAGGAUGAACGUAAAUGGAUUAAAGGUGAUGCUAUCAAUUUUACGAAUUGGUAUCCUAAACAAAUACGGGGUAUUGAUAAGCCAUUAUGCACAAUGAUGCACCAACGACCACGACAUCUUGGACAGUGGGAAGAAGUAAAUUGUUCUCUGCCCUUAAAUUAUGUUUGUCAAGUUGCAGCUAAACCUUCAGUUAAUGGUAUUCUGGCUACAUCUAGUAUCCUAACUCAAGGUGCAUGUCGAGAUGAUUAUUAUGAGUACAGUGGUCGGUGCUAUCACUUAUAUCUGAAUGAUGAUGGUAAAAUGGCCUCUUGUGGUAUCAAAUUAUCACCGUAUUCUAGUGAUGAAUCUGCUUUCAUGCGAUUGUUACUGCAAACCACAUCUAACUUAUCAACUGAUCAAGCAUGGACUGGAGUCUCACUUGUAUUCGAUUUGAAAUCUAAAUCUAAGUUGUACUACAGGACAGAGAAUAACGAUUCAUUUUAUGAUGCUAUGGUACACAAUUUUUAUAAUUUGCCCCACAUACGAAUGAUGGAUUUAUUUGUAGCUCAAGAAAAUCGUCUGUGUAUAUCUAUUAAUCGUGAUAGUGUGGCUGUGGAUGUGCUGAAUUGUUCCCUCAAGUUGCCGUCAGUAUGUGGUUAUUCUUUGCCUAAUCAUAAGCCUCACUUUCUGGAAGACGUUGCUGGUUCCUUAUCGUCAUGUCCUAAACAGUGGAUUCAAUAUGGUCAUAAGUGUUUAUCACCAAUCCGUUCCACGCCUCUUACCUGGUCGUCAGCUGAAAAGGACUGUUUAAACUCUGAUGAUGUCGGAGUUCAUGGCAAGGCCCAUUUAGCCUCUAUUCACAGCCCAAAUGAGCAAACUUUCAUUGGUAAUUUAUUUGGCGUGACAGAUAUUUGGAUAGGUCUACGAGUCAGUCAUGAAUUGAUGAAUAACAGGUCAGUUUUCGUAAAUAAAUCUAGUCUAUAUUGGACCGAUGAAAGUCCCAUAGACUAUUUAUCGUUCGCUCCUGGUGAACCUAGUAGACACUUUUCAGACGGAGCUAUUGAAAGUUGUUUUAUAUCACUUGGCCAUACACAUGAUUGGAAUGAUGUGAGUUGUGAUUCACGUCAUUUAUAUCUCUGUCAAAUAUCAUUAAAAAUGCUACGUCGUUUGAACCAACACAUAAUCAUAUUUCAAAGCCGACCUACAAGGAAUUCACAAUCCGCAACAUAUUUUGAAGCAGAUAAUGAAUGUCGCAGUUAUAAUAUGACUUUAGCAACUAUCCCAAGUGAAGAACAUCAAAAGUUCAUUAUGAACACUUUGAAGAAAACGACCAAUGCUGGUAACGUAUCACACGUUUAUAUUGGGCUUUUCACUAAGAUUGAUAAAUUAUUGUGGACAUCUUUGUAUGGUGCAAUACCAAUUACUUUCUGGCAGCCGAAAUUUCAAAAUAUUGUUAAGCAAUGUGCUUACGUAGAUACAUACAUUGAUGGUUUAUUAACAUGGGGGACAACGGAGUGUAAUCAAGCGUUACCAUAUUUAUGUUCAACUAGUAUGAUGCCCCAAAACACUUCAUCUACUGAAGAAGCCUAUAAAAGCUUAUCGUUCUUUAGUUGUCCUGAAAAUUUCACUUUGGUAUCUGGAAGUUGUUUCAUGGUGGAUACAAAUGAAGCUGACACAAUGGAUUGGGCAACUGCUAAUAGAGCAUGCCAAACUCAUGAUUCUGGUGCUCAUCUGGCGACUGUCUUAUCAGACAACCAGCAAGAUGGUUUGAUUGUUCUUAUUAGUGAUCGAUCAGUGUCUGUAUGGAUAGGCUUACAUUCUGAAAGGAAUAUCCAUACAUGGAUAGGUGGGGAUGAUGUUGUCUACACAAAUUGGAAGCCUGCAGAACCAAAUACUAACGGGACUAGCUGUACAAUAAUGCAUCAUGAAUCGAACGUUAUUGGUAAAUGGAGUGAUGAACCAUGCAGCAAGAAAUUCGGCUAUAUCUGUGAGACUAAGCCUUUGAAUACACCAUAUAAAAAAAAAGUUUCGCGGCUUCUGGGAAUAUUAGAGCAAGGUUCUUGUGAAUCUGGUUUCUACAUGUUUAAUAACUCGUGUUACUCUGUAAUACCAGCACACAAUUCAGUACGUAGUACUACUGACUUCCGUGAUGAAAUAAGUGGUCAUUGUUUACUACAUACUCAUGCUACUGGUGCAAAUUGCUCCCCGCACCAUGAAAACUUCGGCACAAUACUUUGCCCUAUACUGGCGACCCCGCAUAGUCAAGCUGAGGCAGCAUUCAUGCGUAUUUUAUCACGAACAUUCGGUUCUAAUGACAGUGUUUGGGUUGGUUUAAAACUAAACCGCACGUUGAGUUCGGGUCAACUUCUGUCUGAAGACGGUUCUUUACACGAUGCUUCAAUCAGUGGCAAUUUAAUUCAAAUGAGGAGUUGUUCAAAUCUGUUACCUGCAAUUUGUACAUACACUCUUAAGAAUAGUGUUUCAUCUGUGAAUGAUAAGCACACAGUUGACUCACUAUCAUGCCCAAAUAGUUGGAUAUCAUUCAAGGAUAACUGUUAUUGGUUACCACCUAUAUUAGAAAGGCGAAACUGGUCUAGUGCUGAACGUCUGUGCCAAGAACAAGGCAGUUUGACUUUGAAGAAAUCGCCAAGUUAUGGUCAUUUGACUUCAGUUCACUCAACUGAAGAGCUACAAUUUCUCAUUAACCAGUCACUAUCAUCAUCGUUUUGGACUGGCCUAAAAGUAUUCGUGAAUUCUGAUGUUCCGCAGUUAUCAUCAGUGAACUUAGCUUGGAGUGAUUAUUCAGCGUUUGAUUUUUCGGUAUUUCCACCUACCACUCCAAUCACAAGUACUACAACAGAGUCUACUGGUAAUCCUGCAUUUCAUUUGCUUUCUCAUCUGAAGAAUCCAGAAAGCUGUGUCUCAGUCAACGAUCAACAUUAUUCGUGGGAUAUUGCUAAUUGUAUUGAAGAAAAAAGUUUUAUAUGUCAGUUACCUAAAAUUGCUUUGCUGCCUACUACUAUCGACAAUGCGACAGUCUUUGAGAAUUGUACUCCAGUUGAAUGCUUACAUCCGAUUUCCAGGCUAAAAGUCCUGUGCACUGGUUCAAUGGAUUCAUGCUGUUUAUAUUUAUCACUGCAUGCUGCAUAUUCAUUAUAUUCCUGUAUUGGCCGUUAUCAACCGUUUGGUCGAUAUCGUACAUCACGUAAACGCAUGACAACAUUAUAUUUUGGCAAUACCAAUAAUACUACUGGUAUACUGGAUGAUAAUGCUACAGGAAAUUCAUCUUCAGUAAAUAAUAAUGAUAUUCCUGAAAGUUUUCUUUCAUCCACUACUGACAAGUUAUCAUCUGGACAACAGUCUGUUAAAAAAGAUGAUAAGGCUAAUUUCAUUUCACUGCAAACUAGUGGACCAAGAAAGUUAACUGAUGCUGAUAAAUCGACACCAAAUGACAAAUUUACACUAUCUGCGUUAAACUUAAGCCGUACUGCUGCUUCAAUCGGCUUUAUGAAUCCAAUUUAUGUACCAUUAAAUGAUGAAUGUAUAGAGGAUAAUUAUGAUCCUGAGCCGACAAAUUAG